AUGGACCCGUUGGAUGACUUUUUGAACCAAUUGAAUCAAUGCAUAAAUUCGUCACCAGAAGAAGUUCUGAUUCUUCUUAAUCCAAACGUUAGAGUGAAUCAACACUUGGUACGUCUUAAUGGAUUGAAUAUAAAUCAAAAGUCUCUUCAAUCAAUAAUAGAUUCCAAACAUUUCUUUGAUGACGAAUGGUUGGCCUUUAAUGAGUUGGUGAUUUCAUUUGUGUCCCUAGCAAGAGAUUUAGACCCAUGGUCAUCUCUCGCUUCCUUUGAUCUUUUUACAACAUUUUUAAAUGAUUUAUCAAUUGCAUUCAGUAAUAACAACCGAGGUCAUUAUUUAACUUUAUUAGUAAGAUCGUCUAUUGAUAUAAUACUUCCAAUGGCUAUACAAUUAGACUUUCAACUAUAUCAUAAGGAAGAUUGUUUACAGCCAAGACUACUGUAUUUGGCAUCAUUAUUUCUUAAAAUGUUUAAUAAUAUUCGUUCACAACUGUUAAUUUCAAAUAAUAAAAAGACAAUCAUCUUGUUAUUAGGGAACAAGCUAUGUAAUGUCUACUUCAAACUAGGUAAUCCCUUACUAUGUCAAAAUAUUUUCCUGAAUAUGAAUAAUGCAAAUUUGAAUUUUAAUUCAUUUACAGUAAAUGAACAAAUUCAAUAUCGAUAUUAUUUGGCAAGAUUCUAUUUAAUUAAGAAUCUGUUAGCAAAUUCUUAUAUUCAUUUGAAUUGGUGCUUACAACAGAUCACAAAUAGUAGUACCAAUCAAAACAUUGAUAUAAUAUUGAAAUAUUUAAUCCCAGUAAGUAUCCUUAUGGGUAAAAGACCAAAUUUCACCUAUAUUGCUCAUACUUAUUAUCAAUCUAAAAAUUUACAAAUCCCUUCAUUUAUAUUCCAUUAUCAAAAGAUUCAACAAGCAAUUAAAUUGGGUAAUUAUAACUUAUUUAUUGAUUGCUUUAAUGAACCAUCGAUAAAACAGGAAUUAAUCAAAAAUGGAUUAUAUAUUUUGAUUGGUCAGAAAUCAAUCGUGUUGUUAAUUAGAAAUUUAAUUAAAAAAGUAUGGAUCUUAUUGGGGAAACCAUCAAGAAUUUCAUAUCAUCAGAUUCAUAUUGCAUUACAAUUGAGUAUAUCCUCAAAAUAUCAAAAUCUGGGGUACGACAUGUUUUCAUUUCUUCAAUUACCAAUUCAAGACUCUACGAUAGAAAAUCUUUUGAUUACUCUCAUUUCCCAAACAUUAAUGAAGGGGAAACUUUCAUCAAAUCAACAAUCUGUGGCAUUGGCAAAGAUGAAUGUAUUUCCACCGGUUGAUUCGGUUUAUUUUGUUUUGUUUGGUAAUGGUCUGGAAAGUAAUCUAAAUCAUAACGAUAAAUGGAUGAUGCUGCUGAAUUGA